ACGGACUGUCGAGCCGAGCAGAUCACAUUCUCCGAGCCGUCGAACCGCGGCACCUCGCAGACCAGGGACCAUGGACUUCUGACCGAGCUGCUGAAUCCAAAACAAUCAUACAAAUUAUUCACCCAAAGGCUUAGUAUCAUUUUUCAUUAAGGGUUCAUCCAUGAGAUUCUUCAGGCUUACCUUUAAGUGCUUCGUCGACUGCUUUUGAAUCUCCUCCUUGUCAACGGCUCAACUGACCGCGGCGCUUUGUGACAUUUUUCCAUCUCUUUCGGCUGAGCUGAGGGGUUCCAACGUGUGAUAUAGAAAAAAAAAACUGAAUUUUUGUAUUAUUUCAGAAAGAAGAAAUAAACUCAGAAAACAACAAGAACAAUUGAGGCAGUGUAGCCUUUAUGGUGGCUACAUCUCUCUGUCUCCCCCUCUGAGCCAGUCGGGUACAUAUAAAGAAAAAACACACGAAAAAAUACAAAACAAACAAAUAUUUUUCAAAUUUAAAGACGAUACCACCAAGCAGCUUAUACCUUUCCCUUAAUAUGUCACCAGAGGUGGAAGAGAACAGCCAAGAUGAAAUCAAUGUCUCCCAGAUGGAGGCAGGGGCCCUGUCCGAGGAGGAGGGCGGGGGGUCAGCUCGCCCACUGGUGCCAGUGCUUGGUGCCGACCCAGGGUGUGGAGAGGGUGGAGGGGCUGGUCCACCACAGACCCAGGACGGGGCUGCAGCAGGGACUGGAAACGGGGCAGUGGCUGGACGGGAUGGGGAGCGAGAAACCUGGACCAGGCAGAUGGACUUCAUCAUGUCCUGCGUUGGAUUCGCUGUUGGCUUGGGCAACGUGUGGCGGUUCCCAUACCUGUGCUACAAGAAUGGAGGAGGGGUUUUCCUGAUCCCUUACCUGCUGAUCGUGUUCAUCGGCGGAAUCCCCGUCUUCUUCUUGGAGAUCGCACUGGGCCAGUUCAUGAAGCAAGGAGGAGUCUCUGCAUGGAACAUUGCUCCCCUCUUUAAGGGUCUGGGACUUGCAUCAAUGGUGAUUGUGUUUUUCUGUAAUACCUACUACAUCAUGAUACUGGUGUGGGGCCUCUACUUUUUCUUCCACUCUUUUACUAACCCACUACCCUGGGCCACCUGUGGACACCCUUGGAACACUCCCAACUGCACACAAGACUUCCGGCGUGCUUGCUACAACCGCAGCGCUCUACAGUCACCAGCUGCCACCUCCAACCCCCUGUCCACCCUGUCGCCACCAAACCUGACCUCCUCCCUUCUCCUGAUCAAUAACAGCUGCAUGGAAACCGAGGGUCUGCGCUCCCCGGUCAUCGAGUUCUGGGAACGUAAAGUGCUUCGCCUCUCUGGAGGUCUGCAUGAGCCUGGUGCAAUCUGCUAUGAGAUGGUGCUGUGUCUUAUAGCCACCUGGGUCAUUGUUUACUUCUGCAUGUGGAAAGGAGUGAAAUCUACUGGCAAGGUUGUGUACUUCACAGCACUGUUCCCCUACCUGGUUCUGGUGGUUCUUCUGGCUCAUGGAGUCACCCUACCUGGCGCUUUAGAUGGAAUUGUUUACUACUUAAAACCAGACUGGUCCAAACUGGGAGAAGCACAGGUUUGGAUUGAUGCUGGCACUCAGAUUUUCUUCUCCUAUGCCAUCGGACUUGGUGCCCUAACGGCGCUGGGCAGCUACAACCGCUUCCAUAACAACUGUUACCAGGAUGCUUUUGUCCUGGCUAUGAUCAACAGUGGAACCAGUUUUUUUGCUGGCUUCGUUGUGUUCUCUGUUCUGGGCUUCAUGGCUGCGGAACAGGGAGUGGACAUCAGUAAGGUGGCUGAGAGUGGCCCAGGCCUGGCUUUCAUAGCCUACCCCAAAGCUGUGACUCUGAUGCCUCUGGCGCCACUUUGGGCAGCGCUAUUUUUCUUUAUGUUGCUCAUACUGGGCCUGGACAGUCAGUUUGUUGGGGUCGAAGGUCUGAUAACAGGAAUCAUGGACAUGUUGCCUCCUAAAUCUGCCCUCAGCUCUCUGAGACGAGAAGUAGUUGCUGCCAUCUGCUGCGUCAUCUGCUUCUUUAUUGACUUGUCCAUGGUCACAGAGGGAGGGAUGUAUGUAUUCCAACUUUUUGACUACUACUCUGCCAGCGGCAUCACCCUGUUGUGGCAAGCCUUCUGGGAGUGUGUUGUGAUCGCCUGGGUUUAUGGCGCAGACCGUUUCAUGGACGACGUGGCCCGUAUGAUUGGCUAUCAGCCCUUGUCCUACAUGAAGUGGUGCUGGUCCUACAUCACGCCCUUUGUCUGCGUGGGAGUGUUCCUAUUCCAUGUGGUGAACUACAAGCCUCUGACUUACAACACAGUUUAUACCUACCCAAUUUGGGGCGAAGCACUUGGAUGGGCACUGGCUCUUUCUUCUAUGCUCUGUAUUCCUGUUACUGUUCUCUACAAGCUGCUCCGAUGCAAAGGAUCCCUGCGGGAGCGGUGGCAGCACCUAACUACCCCUGUCUGGGGCAGACACCACCUGGAGUACUUGGCGCCAGAAAGCGAGGCCAAGCUGCUUCCUGCCGCAGAAACAAAGAGCACCCUCCUCUUUGAGAGUGUAAUCUGACAACCCAAGCCUUGAUCCUGUAGUCACAUGUCCAUAAAAACACACAAACACUGCAUAGGCCAAGUCUGAACUAGAAACAAAUCAGUGAAAUAUGCUACAAUUUUAAAUUUGCAUAAAUAAUAAAAAAAGAUCAUGGGUAAAUGGACCAAAGAAAACACUGGAGAAGAACUGAAACACACCUGCAUUCAUGAAGUCACAUCUUCUGCUCUGUUCUUUCACUCUACCUCGCUGGCUUUCUGCUCUCUUCCCGUUUCGCUGUCCUCCUGACUUCGUGCUGUCUCGUCCCUUCUCGUAUUGUGGCUGUAAUCUUUGUCCACCAUAGCUGCAGUAGCUCCCCCUUCUGCACCCUUCUGUCAGUAUUUAUAAAGCCUCAGCUGGCCCCUGGUCAUCAGGCCAUUUUGUUCCACAUCAGCUAAAACUUUAUACAUAAAAAAAAAUCAUGUCUGCUGCUGAAAUCCCAUCAUCCCAGUGUGUAUGUGUGUAGCUGCAUGUGUGCCCAUACUUGUGUAUCUGUACAUGUGUGGGCAUCUGCAUGAGUAUGUAAGGAGUGCGUGUAUUGGACCAUGGCAGUGUUGUCUUCUAUUAUGUCACAUUGCCUUUGGACAGUGAUUUCUGCCAACUGCAUUCAAUGCACUAAGUGUAACAAAAAUGACUUCCAUUUGUACAAAAAAAAAUGAAAAA